CCUUUUCACUCUCAUCCCAACAAAACCCUAACAACCAACACCAUGGCCAUUCUUCUAGGACCACCUGAAAUCCACACCACCACCACCACCACCACCACCACCGUUCCAACCACCACUACCACCACCCGAUCUGAGUCUGAUCCCUUCAUGGACCAAAUGGUAGCCAAUUUCAACAAAUUGGCAAACCAACCCUCACCCCCAAUGGGUUUUACAGAGAACAUGUCCGCUACCUUCCUCUCCUCUGGAAACCCCUGUCUCGAUUUCUUCUUCCAUGUCGUUCCCGAUACUCCCCCUGAAUCCCUCACCGAGCGCCUCCAAUUGGCCUGGUGGCACAACCCUCUCACCACCCUCAAACUCGUCUGCAACCUCCGUGGUGUCCGCGGCACCGGAAAAUCCGACCGUGAAGGCUUCUACGCCGCUGCGCUCUGGCUCCACCGUAACCACCCCAAAACCCUAGUUUCCAAUGUCCCUCUUCUCGCUGAGUUUGGUUACUUCAAGGAUCUACCUGAGAUUCUCUACCGUCUUCUGGAAGGUUCUGAUGCCCGGAAAAUCCAGAAGGAGGAGUGGAAGCAGAGGAAGAGAGGAGGCACCUCUCGCUUCUGCAACAGAGUUCCCAGAACCCCAUUUGGAGUAAGGAGAAACACAGGGAAACAACAGAACAAGAAGACGAAGAAGAACAAGGAGAAGAAGAAUGCUGAGGCUUUGGUGGAGUUUGCUAAGGCUGAGAAGGAGAGUGCUCAUGCUAAGAAGGAAGAGAAGAAGGUUGCCAUGGCGAAGAAGCUUCUUCAACGUUACAACACUGACCCUGAUUUCCGAUCUCUUCAUGAUCGCGUUUCUGAUCAUUUUGCUGAGUGUCUCAAGAGAGAUCGGGAGUUUUUGGAUUCUGGGUCGGUCAACAAAAUCAGCCUUGCUGCUAAGUGGUGCCCCUCUGUUGACUCUUCCUUUGAUCGGUCAACGCUGCUGUGUGAGAGUGUGGCGAAGAGGCUGUUCCCUAAGGAGGAGUAUGAGGGGGUGGAGGAGGCGCAUUAUGCUUACAGGGUUCGUGAUCGGUUGAGGAAGGAGGUGUUGGUGCCAUUGAGGAAGGCGCUGGAGUUGCCUGAGGUGUAUAUUGGUGUGAAUAGAUGGGACUCGCUUCCUUACAACAGGGUUGCCUCUGUGGCUAUGAAGUUUUACAAGGAGAAGUUUCUGAAGCAUGAUAAGGAGAGGUUUGAGAAGUACCUGGAGGAUGUGAAGGCAGGGAAGACCACUAUUGCAGCUGGUGCUUUGCUUCCUCAUGAGAUUAUAGGGUCAUUGAGGGAUUGCGAUGGUGGGGAGGUGGCUGAGCUGCAGUGGAAUAGAAUGGUGGAUGACUUGCUCAAGAAAGGGAAGAUGAAGAAUUGUAUUGCUGUGUGUGAUGUGUCUGGGAGUAUGAGUGGGAUCCCCAUGGAGGUGUCUGUGGCAUUGGGGUUGUUGGUGUCUGAAUUGAGUGUGGAGCCUUGGAAGGGGAAGGUUAUUACUUUCAGUGCAUAUCCUGAGAUUCAUUUGAUUAAAGGGGAUGAUCUUCAGUCCAAGACACAGUUUGUGAGGAACAUGGAGUGGGGGAUGAACACUAAUUUCCAGAGGGUGUUUGAUCUCAUAUUGGAGGUGGCUGUCAAUGGGAAGCUGAAGGAGGAUCAGAUGAUUAAGAGGAUAUUUGUAUUCAGUGAUAUGGAGUUUGAUGAAGCUUCAGCAAACUCUUGGGAGACUGAUUACCAAGCAAUCACUAGGAAGUACACUGAGAAAGGGUAUGGUUCUGCAGUGCCUCAGAUAGUUUUUUGGAAUCUUAGAGACUCGAAGGCUACCCCAGUCCCAGCAACCCAGAAAGGAGUGGCUCUGGUAAGUGGAUUUUCAAAGAACCUGCUGACAUUGUUCUUGGACAAUGAUGGAGAUAUAAGCCCCGAAGAAGCCAUGGAAGCUGCCAUUUCUGGUCCAGAAUAUCAGAAACUAGUUGUGCUGGAUUAGUUUUAAUUUCCUUCUGUAGUGAGAGCUUUAUAGAAUGAGACAUCAAUAUUAAAGGAAUGAAAUAUAUGAAGUACAGCAUCAUUAGAUUGUUGGAAACAAAUUUAUGAUAUUAUUGACCCUGUAUUA